AUGUUGCUAUAGACUGCGGAACAGCUGAGAGCAUAUCAACACAGUAACAGAAUAGACGGUCGCUUUGAAAAAAAAAAGGCUUGAAAAAAUUGAAGAAUUGAUAUAGACAAAGGUGAAGAGAAGAACCUUAGAAAAGAAUCAGUGAGAACCUUGUCAGCCAAAACAGCUCUGUUUUAAACGAACGGAUUUAAGUUACAAGAAGAACAAAAAGAAAGCGCACAAUGGGCCGUAUCUUCCUUGACCACAUUGGAGGCACUCGUCUCUUCUCGUGCGCCAACUGUGACACAAUCCUGACCAAUCGCUCUGAGCUGAUCUCCACACGCUUUACAGGAGCCACGGGCCGUGCUUUCCUCUUCAACAAGGUGGUGAACCUGCAGUACAGCGAUGUGCAGGACAGGGUAAUGCUCACAGGGAGGCAUAUGGUGCGUGAUGUCAGUUGUAAAAACUGCAACAGUAAGCUGGGCUGGAUCUAUGAGUUUGCCACUGAGGACAGCCAACGCUACAAAGAGGGCCGUGUCAUCCUAGAGAGGGCAUUAGUAAGAGAGAGUGAGGGAUUUGAGGAACAUGUGCCGUCCGAUGCCUCUUGAAUCUCUCGUCUUUUAACUUUCUCUCUAAAUCUCUCUCUGUUACGCUGCGUAUCUCAGUCACUGCCGUGUCCGAACACGAUCUGAACAUCUGAACAACGUAUCUGCUUCUCACGAGCCAGCCUGGCCUUGCUUAGAGACUGCUAAUAAACAACACAACCGAUUCAGCAGCCCAUCCAUGGCUCUAUAAAGCAACAAAACCAUACUUGCAACACCUCUACAGAUCUGUAAAGCAUUAAAUCAGACCAGCUGACUCUAUAAACACAAUCACAGCCCCUCAGUCCAGCAGCCAUUGUGUAGAUCAGUAAAACAAAACAACAAAAACUGACAGCUGGUCAAAGUUAAUUCAAGUAUACUCUCGAAAUUUUUCUCGACUUUGUAGAUCUGGAUCUGAGCUAACUAUUAAUGAUUAAAGCAGGUAGCAGUUAUCUCUAUAAGAGAUGCAUUUGCUAGUUCAGCAGAAUGGAAUGUCAGUUUUUGCCAAGAUGCUGAUGUCUCUGAUUCCGUUUUUCUCAGAGCCUCUCCUAUUUCAGCCCUCAAAUAUAGAGAGUGACACAAGGGGAAAAUAGAGUGUCGGGGGUCCCUCACUAUUUAUACACUUUGUUUUGGAACUGGUUGUUAGUAAGAACCCUAUGUUAAUGAUAAACUCAGUCCAGCACCAUUUUAAUUAGCAUUAUUCUUUGUUUUUCUUGUUUUUAGUUGAGUGAUGUAUGUAUUUUUUUUCUUUUCCUAAGACAUGGUGAUAAAAAUAUGUUCAUUUGAUCUUAAUAAAGUGAAUGGUCUUGCUCAA